GGUGACAGCCGCGCUGCUUCCGUCGUUUCCACGGCAACUGCGCUUCUCGUCUCAAACAAAGCGACGUCGCCUCGUUGCUGUAAAACUUCGUAGAAAUGUUCUAACCUGCCCGUAUUCUGAAACUCUUCACCGAGCAGAGAGCUCACACGUGUUUUCGUCUCCCAGACGGACAGAUGGACAGACAGCUGUAGUCGGUGCUGCGGGCUGAACGCUCGGCUGAAGCUGAAAAGGAUCCUCUCUGAAGCUGUGUCUGUGAGCAGCCACCAUGGUGCAGCUGGACAUAGAUCUGAUCGCCAAAUCCAGAAAACACUUCAAGAAGAAAAGGGGCCUCUCCUUCCCCGACUACCUCAAGACACUCACGCACCUUCACUUCUCCAGCAAGAACAUCGAAGACAUCGGAGAUGUCUCCAUGUGCCGGAACCUCACUGUUCUGUACCUGUACGACAAUCAGAUCACAAACAUCCGCAACCUCGGCUUUGCCUCCAACCUCACCCAUCUGUACAUGCAGAACAACAACAUCGCUCGUAUAGACAAUCUCGCCAAUCUGCAGAUGCUCUCCAAACUGUAUCUGGGUGGAAACCGGAUCGCGGUGGUGGAGGGCCUCGAGCAGCUCCGGGAGCUCAAGGAGCUUCAUCUGGAGAAUCAGAAGCUGGCACCAGGGGAGAAGCUGCUCUUUGACCCCAGGACUCUCCUCUCACUCGCUGAAUCUCUUUGUGUCCUGAAUAUCAGUAACAACAACAUAGAUGAUAUCAGGGACCUGGCAGUGCUGAGGGGAAUCCAGAGUUUUUCUGCUGCUGACAAUGAAUUACACAACCUGGAGGAGUUAGAGGACGUGUUUGGCUUCUGGCCUCAGCUGCUUCAAAUGGAUCUGAGAGGAAAUCCUGCGAGUAAAAAAACAAAGUACAGAGAUCGUCUAAUCACCACAUGCGAAAGACUCGGGGUUCUUGACGGAAGGGAAAUUAAUGAGUUCACCAGACAGUUCCUCAUUAACUGGAAAACAUCCAAAGAGGCCAAGAAGAAAAAAACCAACCCUCUCAUGCUGCCUGGACCGUCAAGCCCUGAUCACUUUAUAAAUGACUUAUAUAUGGCUCGGCGUCCACAUCCCGGUCACCUCUGCAGCCAUAACAGGCAGAGGUGGAAGCCACAGCAGUCUCUCAGCUCCACUGUCCUCGCUCACACAGACCUCAGCUGUGAGUACACGCUUGUUUCUAGACUGACUCCAUUUAACUAUUUGCUUUUGUAGACACACACAUUCAGCUGUUCUAUAGAAUUUACAUGCUAAAGGAUCUAAAUUCUGAUGGAUGACGAUCUCCCCAAACACUCUAAUCCGUCUUAUUUCUCCCCAAAAUUAAAUGUUUUUUAUGGUAUCUGUUAUAUCACGAUUUCAACAUUUUCUUGAUCAGCUGUUUUUUUUAUGUAAUGGGAAUGUCAUUGUGAAGGUCAAAUGAUCUCUAUUCCAAGCCAAAAUUCUGAUGAUUUCAAUGAUCGUCGAACCAUAAUCUGCUUCCUUUUGGUUUUAUCUGAACUCUAAGGACAUUAACGACAACAUUGAAGAUUCCUAUGAGGGGGCUUUACGAGGUGGCAAAGGUGCUGAGGACAAACCCACCAGUCCGAUGACCAGUCCACCCACAGCCCAGAACUAACAGAGCUAUACCACUUUAUCAUAUUAUUAUUUAUAGUCAGUGCCCUCCACUCGGUGUGAGCUCCAUGAACCGUUUGGAUUAUAUCGUCUGCCUUGUCUGGUUUCAAAGAAAUACUGUCACAUGUUCUAAUGUUUUGAUUUGAUCUUUGUCUUACCUCUGCGUUGUUAUGAAUGAAGCUUGUUAAGGCUGGAAUACGUUAAGAAGAUUAAACAACAAAAUAAUGAA